AUGUCCUACAACCCGCACCACUUUUCAAACGCGCGUCCGUCGGUCAAUUCCUCGGACGUCACGUCGCACGGUGGUCGCCAGCACGCGAGCAGCAACGCAUAUGUUCGCUUCUCCAACCAGACCGAGGAGUACCCACCGGCUCCACCCGCGGUUGAUCCAAACACCCUACCUCUCCCCCGAACGCUCCGCCUUUCCACCCACCACUCCUCCGCGCGGUCGACCUCCCGGAUCCAUGACUUCCGAGGACCCGUCUCGGGCAACACCACUCCCCGCGCCCCGGGCUAUGCCUUUGCACCCGCUUACGAUCAAAAAUGUGGCCCCGCCGUGCGGUCCCGCCCUCUCCCUGCACUCCCCUCCGCGUCCUCCACGCAAGUCACGGCUCCCGAUCCCCAGGGCACCGAGGAUGCCGGCGCUCGUUCCCACCUUGACGCCGGGCUCGCAGCGGGGCUCGCAGCUCUUACCAUCGCCCCGCGCGCGUCCCACGCCGCCGCCACUGCCCACGACCCAUCUCGUGUCCCGCCACCCAUCCCCCGCCCCGACGCAUCCGCGCGCUGGAGCUCGCCCACGAAUGCCGAGUGCGCGGACACCCCGACGAGCAUCCGAAGCGGGCACCAGUCGUCCGGGUCCCCCGAUUCCACCAACUCCCUCUUCGCGGGGUGGUAUAGGACGCCGCCGACGUCACCCGACGAUCCCGAGUCCAAGGCUGGGGACGACGUCGGGCCCGUGCUCGUGGACCUCCUGCGCUACUUCGUCGACUACCACACGUGGGACCUCCGCACCUCCAAGGAACCUCCCGCCGGACUUCCGCUCGACACGCCCGCGUUCACCAGCCACGGUCGCUCGGAGCUCAAGCUGAUGUUCAACCCACUAUGGACGUUGGCGACGCGGGGCGCGGACGAGCAAGGCGGGCCGACCUUCUCCUGCACCGUCCGGCGCGAGGACAGAGCACCGCUCACGGUGCGCGACGUCCUCAGCGCGAUCGGGCGGAAGAUGUACAAGAGCACGCAGUGGCUCACGGCGGACGAUCCGAACGGGAGCUGGCGCUACGAGCGUGCGGUUAAGGAGCGACGGUAUCGGCUGGGCGGCGACGGGGACACGAUGGUCAACGUCGACUGGUACCCCAGGCGCGAGAGCGUGCUCCUUAAGCUGCACCCGACGGACGAUGUGGAUGAGGUGUUGGUUAUCUUGGGGGACCCGUCGCAGAACUGA